AUGUCUUUUCGUGGAAGAGGAGGUGGAGGAGGAAGAGGAGGCGGCUUCAAUCGUGGAGGAGGUGGUGGUGACAGAGGUGGCUUUAAUCGUGGUGGACGAGGUGGCUUUGGACGGGGAGGUGGACGAGGAGGCUUCAACAGGCGGGUAUGACCAGGGGGCUCCCGAAAGGGGUUUGGACGGGGAGGUGGACGAGGAGGCUUCAACAGAGGCGGAUAUGACCAGGGGCCUCCAGAAAGCGUAGUUUUAUUGGGAGAGUUCAUGCAUCCAUGUGAAGAUGACAUUGUUUGUAAAUGUAAAACAGAAGAAAACAAGGUGCCUUAUUUCAAUGCCCCCGUGUACCUGGAUAAUAAGGAACAGAUUGGCAAAGUGGAUGAAAUCUUCGGACAGCUGAGGGAUUUUUAUUUUUCAGUGAAACUGUCUGAGAACAUGAAAGCCUCUUCAUUUAAAAAAAUGCAAAAGUUUUACAUUGAUCCAGCAAAGCUCCUACCCCUUCAGAGAUUUUUGCCAAGGCCACCUGGAGAAAAAGGUGCUCCCAGAGGAGGUGGUAGAGGGGGACGUGGGGGACGUGGAGGAGGAAGGGGUGGUGGCAGAGGAUUUGGAGGAGGAAGAGGUGGAGGAAGAGGAGGAGGAGGGUUCAGAGGAGGAAGAGGUGGAGGAGGAGGAAGAGGUGGAGGAGGAGGAGGAUUCAGAGGAGGAAGAGGUGGUGGAGGAGGCUUUCGGGGAAGAGGAUAUUAA